AAUUCAAGAUAAAGAAAGAAAGCUGAUCGCACCACGACGGCGGCGACGUGGCGGUCAUUUAACGGAAAAUAACAGACAAAUCAGCCUCCAGAUCAAAUCUUGAAGCACAACUCUGAAAAAUCGAGACUACCAACAGCUGAGCUCCGACCAACCGUUGAUGGAUGCAAUCAGGAAGCUCAGAGAUCAGGUCGCCAAGCAACAGCAGGCUGUGUUCAAACAAUUUUCUGGUGGCAUAUAUGGGGGAUCGGAUAAUGUUGCCUCGGAUGAAAAUGAAUUUCAACAGCAUCAGAAACUCGAGAAGCUGUACAUAUCAACUCGUGCUGCCAAGCAUUACCAAAAGGAAAUUGUCCGCGGAGUGGAAGGUUACAUUGUGGCCGGUUCAAAGCACGUUGAAAUAGGUACCAAGCUAUCAGAAGAUAGCAGGAAAUAUGGUUCUGAAAAGACUUGCACCAGUGAUAACACAUUGUCGAGAGCUGCACUUAGUUUUGGAUGAGGUGGGGCC